UUGAAUUCUUUCAGAGGUCGGAAACUAAGCUAACGAGAAUAUGAAUGACGCAACAAAACAGUUCGAAGUGCUGACAGUAUGAUAAUGAAAAUAUGCGUGAUUCGUGACAGUGACUGAGCGACAGUAUGAAUGACGAGUUCCUUCUACGAUAUAUUUAUCAGUAUUUACCAAAAGAACGUCGGGGGACAUUUUACACAGAGGGCCUUUUAACUUUGUUGACCGGUUCACGGCUCUGCGCUUCACGGCGACCGGUGCGAUGCUUGCUACGAGGAGCAUACGAAUUUUGCCAAUGAAUCAGUAUGCCUGAUGCCCAAUAACGCUUGGAAUUAAGGGUUAGCUGCAACGCGACUGAAAAAUCCACUCUGUUGCUCCACAACCAGCCGGCUGGGACUGUACACAGACACAGGUGGUAUUUAAGGAUAAGUUCGAGGCAGUGAGGGCUUAAUUCGCUGGGAAACGGAAAGCAGUUUGGGACGGACCGAGCUGACAGCUAGACGCACCAUGAAGUCUUUCAUCCUUGCCACCGUCCUGACCCUGUGGACUGUCUCAGUGAAGGAUGACAAGGUGGAGGCAAGCUACAACGCUGAUGUGGACCUGACAACGCCACAAGUGAUCCGCAAGUACGGCUAUCCGGCUGAGUCCCACACUGUAGUCACCGAUGACGGAUACUUGCUCACACUGCACCGGAUUCCCCAUGGAAGAAAGUCUGUGUACAACUCUACCCGGACACCUGUGAUGCUGCAACAUGGCCUCUUGGCAAGCUCAUCGACCUGGGUAACCAAUGGUCCCGAAAAAAGUUUAGCGUAUAUUCUCGCAGACCUCGGCUACGACGUGUGGUUAGGCAAUUGCAGAGGAAACACGUAUUCCAGGGCCCAUGUUACCCUGUCCACUGAUGACCCGGAGUUCUGGAACUUCAGUUUUCACGAGAUGGGUGUCCACGACCUUCCUGCAGAAAUCGACUGGAUUCUUAACAUCACCAAUCACAAGAAACUGUUCUACGUCGGCCAUUCUAUGGGCACAACUAUGUUCUACGUAUUGACAACCAUGAGACCCGAAUACAAUGACAAAGUGCAGUUUAUGGUGAGCCUGGCGCCUGUAGCAUUCAUGGGGAAUGUCAAGAGUCCCAUAAGGCUUCUGGCUCCAUUCUCGAGAGACAUAGAGUAUAUUUCCCAUUACUUGGGAACUGGAGAAUUCCUGCCUCACAACAAAAUAAUCCAGUGGUUAGAGAAAGUCGGUUGCCAGCUUGUAACUAUAGAAAAGCAGAUUUGUGAAGGUCUCAUUUUCGUCGUCGCCGGGUUUGACGCACAACAAUUCAAUAUGACUUUGUUACCUGUGAUUCUGGGCCAAACACCUGCUGGGGCGUCCACAAAAACGAUUUUACAUUACACUCAAGAGAUUCAGAGCCGUAAAUUUCAGCAAUUUGACACCGGAUGCAGAAAGGAUGAAAGUGGUUCGGAGGAGUGCAAAGCGGUAGCAGAGUACGACUUGAGCAAGAUCACUGUUCCUAUUGCCCUCUAUUAUGCUGACAACGAUUGGCUGGCCUCCCCACCGGAUGUGAAGCACCUGGCCAGCAACCUGAAGGGCGAAGUAGAACUAAUCAGAAUUCCAUUCGCAAAAUUCAACCACAUCGAUUUCACGUGGGCUAUAGAUGUGUACGAUCUUGUGUAUAAAAGUGUCAUUAACAACAUCAAGAAACACGAAUCCAACACAAACCCUUAAAGAAAACGGGGAACAUUUUAAA